AUGUGGUUGGUUGAGGAGCUGAGGUAUAAGAACUCAAAGUGGUUCAUUCUAUAUUGCAGAAAAAAAAUAACAAGCCUGAAUUAAGUGUCAUCAGAAAGGCUGCUGCCGUGUGGAAGGGGAAAAAAGAAUAAAAUGAUGCAGACAAGAUUUAUGCUUUGCUGUCUGUUUGCUUUUGUGGCUGCAGAACCUACAGUUUAUUUUAAAGAGGAAUUUGGUGAUGGAGAUGCCUGGACAUCUCGGUGGGUGGAGUCUAAGCACAAGUCAGACUAUGGGAAAUUCAAGCGGACUGCUGGCAAAUUUUAUGGUGACCCUGAGAAAGAUAAAGGUCUUCAGACUAGCCAAGAUGCCCGUUUCUAUGCUAUGUCUGCAAAAUUUGACUCCUUUAGCAAUGAAGGGAAAACACUUGUGGCUCAAUUCACUGUAAAACAUGAGCAAAAUAUUGACUGUGGAGGAGGGUAUGUGAAGCUAUUUCCUGCAGAUCUGGAGCAGACCAAGAUGCAUGGUGACUCUGUCUACAAUAUCAUGUUUGGCCCAGACAUUUGUGGACCAGGGACAAAAAAGGUUCAUGUCAUUUUCCACUACAAAGGAAAGAAUCAUCUAAUUAAUAAGGACAUCCGGUGUAAAGAUGACGAGUUCACGCACUUGUACACCCUGAUUGUCCGGCCUGACAACACCUAUGAGGUUAAGAUUGAUAACAGCAAAGUUGAGUCUGGCAGUUUGGAAGAAGAUUGGGAUUUCCUGCCACCCAAGACGGUUGAUGAUCCUGAUGCCAAGAAACCAGAAGACUGGGAUGAACGUGCAACAAUUGAUGACCCAGAUGACAAGAAACCAGAAAAUUGGGACAAACCUGAACUGAUCCCUGACCCUGAUGCCAAGAAGCCAGAAGACUGGGAUGAUGAGAUGGAUGGAGACUGGGAACCUCCAAUGAUCCAGAACCCAGAGUACAAGGGUGAAUGGAAACCCAAACAAAUUGACAAUCCUAACUACAAAGGGAAAUGGAUCCAUCCUAAAAUUGAUAACCCUGAAUACACUGCAGAUCCUAACCUGUACAGCUAUGAUAGCUUUGCUUUUAUUGGUUUGGACCUCUGGCAGGUUAAGUCUGGAACAAUCUUUGACAACUUUUUGAUCACGGAUGAUGAAAAGUAUGCUGAAGAAUAUGGCAAUGAAACAUGGGGCGUAACAAAGGAUGCUGAGAAGAAAAUGAAAGAUCAGCAGGAUGAAGAAGAGAGGAAGAAACAGGAAGAAGAAGAUAAGAAGCAGAAGGAGGAAGGAGGAGAGAAAGAGGAGGAGGAAGAGGAAGAGGAGGAAGAGGACGAAGAAGACACAGAUACUGAAGCAGAAGGAGAUGAUGAUGCCCCCUUAAAGGAUGAACUGUAAAAUGCCAAAUUUGAGACUUUACACAUGGAGGUGUAGUAAAGGGACAUAAAGCUGCUAGCAUGGAGAAUGGCACCAGUAACUGCAAAAAGUUUUUGAGAAAAUCCAGGACACUGCUCACAUGUGCAGUGGGCUUUCUUUUGUUGUUUUUUUUGUAGGUGAAAUACCUGUGUGUGUGUGUUCCCCCCCCCCUGGCAGCUUGCAUUUUGCCAACACAGAUUAUUUUUUUAAUGAAUGUAGGUAUUGUAUUUGAAAAUAUUUUCAAGUGUCUGUGGAUGUCUUUUCUUGUCUAAAGAACUUUUAUUCAUUAAUGUCUGACUUCCAGGAGCAUUGCAGCCACGUAGAAUGCUAAAUAAGCCUGACCUGCCAGUCAAUUAAAAUUUGAAUCCUUUUUUUAGGACAUCUUUCCCUCCUAAAGCAUUAAAAUUGAUGAUUGACUGCAGAACUUGUAUUGUGUUUAAAGAGAAAAUGUUUGAGAAUGUCAGAGUAAAGCAUUAAAAAUACGUGGGGAUUCUUUGAAACACGAGAGACAGAGAAAGGUGAAAGGCGUUUUGCCACUGACAAAUACCAGAAUUCUUGAGCAUUAGUAAAGAAUCCUCUUAAAAUGCUAUACAACAUGUGGGGGCUUGUAAAAUUAAGUGUUUUUUUCAAAAUAAGUAUUGAUGACCUGUACUGUUGCAAAAAAAAAAAAAAAAACAGGGCUUUAAGUGAGAUUAACUUCUUGUCACACAUUUUCUAAGAGUCUGAUUGUCUAUAUGGCUGUCUCUCAUGCAGUCUUAAUUGUAACUGGUUCUGCCCAGCUAACCUUUCUUAUAAUGGAGUGAGUGAAAACAUUUCAUACUAAGCGAAGGGUACAUUUUAAAAAAUUGUGAGAUUAGUUGCAAUGGUGUACAUUUACUGAUCCUAUUUACCCUGAGUCAGCUGCAAAAAAUAACAUUUCAUAAAAGAUGGAUGCGAGUAUUUUAUCUCUGUAUGUUUUACUGUCUAUUACGUUUGUCUGCAAACCGUUUAGUAAGGUAAUAACCACUCCUCUGAAUUUACUUCCACCUUUUCUUUUGUAACUGUCCGCCCCCUACAUGUAGUAUUUACUUAUCUGCUAUGUGCCAUUGCAACUUUUUGAAAUGUAAUUCUGGAAAAUCUGCACCCUUUUUACAGUAAACUGCGAGAAGGGAAUUGUGUCGCCUGAUGAGGUAUAAUAACACUGGCUAAAUCCUGAAGAUUCACUAGAGAACUCUGGUGAGGCUAUAAAGAGAGAUGCCAACCGUAGUUAUGUUUUUCUUACAAAGGGCGAAGUUUAAUAGAAGUCCAGAGGGGUCUUCAGAGCUGUAGUCAGCAGCCAGUUUGAUUGGGAACUGGUAUAUCUGCUUUGCCUGCUCUUUUCCUCAUUGUGCAUUUUUAAUAUUUUGGUAGAAUUCUUGGAAGUCGAACCAUCAAACUGUACAGCAAAAGUAUCUCCGAUGCCCUCCAGAUGUGAGAUUGUAAUGUUUGUAGCUAGAUGUGGUGGUGCCAUUAAAAGAAAAGGUGUAUUUGUGUGUUCAUGAUAAUCUUAAGUAAGUCCUUUGGAAUGACAUCCCAUUCAUAAGUGGUUUUAUGCCAUGGUAGGCUUCAGCUCCAUUGUACCCUAUGAGAUAGAGUGGUUAAUCUUAAGCUCUUUGUAGUAUAGUUGCACCAUAUUUAUAGACAAUAGGAAUGGUCUCUCAGUGAGACUGCUGGUUAGCAGUUACUAGUAUAGGAGCAUUAGUUUUGAAUUUAAAAAGAACAUUAUAUGUACUGACUAACAAUGUUUUAUUCAAAAUAUGUGCAAUGUGACCAAGACACACACUGUGUAGUUUACAUAUGUUUUUAAUUGCCCCUGGGUGUGUUCUUUUCAGAACCGUGAACCAAACGUAUUUGGUAGCCUGCACACCUGAAAUCUCCCUCUUUUGAUGGAUAAGCUAAAUUUAGAUAAUGACCAGCAGUGGUUAUUUUUGUCUUCAGAGUAGCUGCUGUAAACAAAAAAAAAAAAAAAAAAUCCCCUAUGAGCUGUUUGUAGUUGCAUACGAUCUACUGCUCUUUCUGUUGAGAGGUGCAUGAACUUUGGCAGCCCUGCUGUAUCUGUAUUGGAACUUUUUCUGUUGUAAUGAAUGAAUAAGUGGAAAAUGGUAACAAAGUUUAUAAUGCUGUGUGCUUUAAUGGACUUCUACUCUACUGACUAAACACCCUGUUUGAUAAACAUGGAGUUAUGAACAUUGUUGCUGGGGCAGCCUUGAAAACAUGCAUAUGUGAGAAGAGAUUUCUGCAAGGCAAUUAAUGAUCAAACUCAAUAACUGAUCAUUUAUUAUCCUGCUGUAACAGUCGCAAUACAUUUUUAAUUCUGACAACCACUGUCCAUUUGAAAACAAGAAAUGUAUACUAAAACUGAAAUCAAACCUAAGCUGUAGGCAUUAACAAGUACAGGACAUUAUUCUCUGUAAUGUGACUUCCCUCCACUGGACUGAAAGAUGAUUCACUUGCAUAGCAUGUAAUGCAGACAAUUGCACUUAAUGUGAGUUUUCAUCUAAAAAGUUGUCAUGUAACCUUAUCAGCCCUUCGCUGUCCCCUCAUUCCACCAGGGGAUAUUCCUACACUGAGGAAUUAACCUGAUUUUCCCUUCUCUGCCUUUAUAGAGGGAGCUGGCUUCCAGCUUUUCAGUCUGUUCCCCAGCUAGUAAUCUGGUACUUGGGACCAUUAACUGAAUGCAGCUCCCCAGUGUCAUACAUGGGAGAUUGCCUUCUGUAACAGCUGGAAAUGGUUUCUCAAAAAAAUGAAACUGGUGCUGCUGAUCUUACUAGAAGUAUUUGGACAAGUUUCUGUGCCAAACCACCUAUAAGUGUAUGCAAAGAGCCAAAAGUCCUUUCAGAAGUUUUGAUGCAAGUAUUUCAUAUCAUUUAAAGAAAAGUGUAGAAAUAUAACUGAUUUCUCCUUUGUCCACAUUACGGUCUGUAUAUUUUUAAACUAGUGUCUCUGGAGUUUCUACCUUCAUGUUGUGUUGUCUUAAAACAAGUUGCAGUUAUUUAUUCACAUGCUGUCUGCCUCCAUUUGCAGUGCUUCUGUGUGAUUUGUGUACGUGUGCUUUGUUGCUGUUAGACACCAGUAGCAUAGCACCCUAAAUAAUGAUACACAACUGUGCUGUUUCACUAAACUAGUCUCGUCUAGUUUAAAACUUGGGUUGCAGAAGAACAUCCAAAUGUGAAAACAUUUUUGUUAAAACGGGGUAAUCAGAUGUAUAGUUCUGAGAUUGUAAAAAAACUGCUAUGCUGCUUCAGUUUUUCUUUAAGUGAAUUGUUGUGUACAGUAAAUUUUCUGUUGCCCAUAUAACAAGUGUAUAUGUUAAAUUUGCAGUAUGUGUUUUUUGUGGGUUGGAUAUGAAAUGCAAACCCCAUUCAGCACCUGUGUCCCUGUACCUGUGACCUGUGUAAACCCUCUAAUGAACCAGGACUCCAUACAGCAUCCACAAAUACUAGUAUUGAAUGUGUUUGCCCCAUGAUGUAUUAUCUGGAGUACCACGAAAAAGGUGCUUCUACUUCAGAUCCAUGUUGUGCCAGUCUCUUAAUGGCAAAUAAUUUUAUAUAUUUGAUAUAUACAAGUUGUUUUUUUUUUUUUAUUUUAUUAUUUUUUUUUUUGAGAUCCUGCAGUCACCUGAAUAACAUUAUAUUGUUAUUUUAGGAUAGUUUUGUCUCUUUAAAGUGUGUUUUCUGUUUCAGAAAGACAUGUAUUGUAUGACUUUCUGAAAUUAAUAGAUAACAUUUUAAUGGAAAUAUCUGAAUGAGUUGUAUUUGUUUUGAUGUAUUUUGUACAUAAAUUAUGUGAUGGUGCCAUAAAUGGGGGAUCCCAGAUUAAAACCUGAGUGGUGCAUAGUUGCUUUGGGAGAAGGACAUUUUCUUGUUAACCUCAUGGUAGGUGCCUGUCUUUUUGUUCUUUUUGCUUUACCUUUUUUACUUUCUGUAAUUUCUUGUAUCCGGAUGUAGUUUCCUAAAUUAGCAUUUAAGAAACAACACAAGGGAGAAGAUAUUCUUAACAAUUUAUUGAAAUCACUGAUAAUUCAGUUGUAAUGUAUUUUUUUUAAUGUUUUGAGCAGUAAAAUAAAUACAUGUAGAAAGAUUGGUUAUGUUUCUAAUUUUUGUGCAAUAGGGAUCAUCCAGCAAAAAUAAACAUUUUUGAAAAAAAAAAUAA